AUGAUUUCGGCCACGGCCGGAAAGUGUGGGGGAGCUGGAUCGAGUGGAGAUGUUUCAUAUUAUUGCGAACCGACUAUGCACAUCUCCGUGUUCAUACAUGAAUCAGCGCACUCAACAGAUCGUGGCACAUCGGCAUCGAAUAACUGGUGUGACGCCGUUGAGCAAGAUUCGUGUGUACCUGACGGCUAUGCCAACUCCAAUUAUGCCGACAACUUUGCUCAGGUGGUCGUCCUUUGGGUCCAUUUGAUCGGUCGAGGACAUAGCAAGGAUUUCGGAGGAGGGCAGUUUGCUUGUAUGAGAAACCAACUACGACAUAUAGAUACGGUAUUGCCUGCGUGGCGUAUUCAAGAACGGGACACUCUUCGGUCGGGUCAACAACUCGAGCGGAAAGAAGGACUCACAUCUCAGAACGGUGCCUAUCGUCUGGUCAUGCAAGACGAUGGAAACCUCGUGCUCUACGUUUCUGACAAAGAUGUGCCCGCUAAUGCCCUCUGGACCACAGGCACGUUUAGCAAAGGUCCUCAUCACUUUAUUGUACAGCGUGAUGGCAACUUGGCCAUCUACGACGGCGAACAUCGGUCUGCAUGGGCCUCAAACACAAGUAGACAGGACGCUGAUCAGGGGCGUUUGGUCUUACAAGAUGAUGGCAAUUUAGUUUUCUACGAUAAUAGCAAUCAAGCAGUUUGGGCUUCGAAUACCUGCUGUUUUAUUUCUCCACGGGAAUAG